GCCGGGUUCGCCCCGCACAGCCCCGCGCUCGCGGCCACCGCACCCAGAGCGCCAGCGACAACAUGGGCAGCCGCGGCGUGCCCGAUCCGUGCGCGGAUGUGAAUUAUUAAAAAGAAAAUGGCCCAACAGGACACUGUAUUUCCUUCUCUUGCCACCCAGGAAGGGUAUACUAUCUGGAAAAUAUGCAUCUAAGGCGAGUGAGGACCAUGCCCCGACACAGCCAGUCCCUGACCAUGGCACCCUACUCUUCUGUGAGCCUGGUGGAGCAGCUGGAAGACAGGAUCCUCUGUCAUGAGAAAACCACAGCAGCACUGGUGGAGCACGCCUUCCGAAUCAAGGACGACAUCGUCAGCAGCUUGCAGAAGAUGCAGAGUAAAGGGGGAGGCGACCGCUUAGCCCGGCUGUUCUUGGAAGAGCAUAUCAGGAAUAUAACUGCCAUUGUGAAGCAAUUGAAUCGGGAUAUCGAGGUUCUCCAGGAGCAGAUCCGUGCCCGGGACAACAUCAGCUAUGGAACUAAUUCUGCCUUAAAGACGCUGGAGAUGCGCCAGCUCUCUGGCUUGGGGGAUCUCCGAGGAAGAGUUGCAAGGUGCGAUGCCAGCAUAGCCAGACUCUCUGCAGAGCAUAAGACGACCUUCGAGGGGCUCCAGCACUUGAACAAGGAACAGCAAGCGGCCAAGCUGAUCCUGGAAACAAAAAUCAAAGAUGCAGAAGGACAGAUUUCUCAGCUUUUGAGCAGAGUAGACCUGUCCAUUUCAGAGCAGAGCACCAAACUGAAGAUGUCCCACAGAGACAGCAACCACCAGCUUCAGCUCCUGGACACUAAAUUUAAAGGUACAGUCGAGGAGCUCAGCAACCAGAUUUUAUCUGCACGGAGCUGGCUGCAGCAAGAACAAGAACGGAUAGAGAAAGAGCUUUUACAGAAAAUCGACCACCUUUCCUUGAUUGUGAAGGAAAACAGUGGAGCCUGUGAAAGAGACAUGGAGAAGAAGCUCAGCCAGAUGUCGGCCAGGCUUGACAAAAUCGAAGAGAGUCAGAAGAAGAACGUGGAAGGGCAGAGAACGAAGCCGGAAGAGGAGAAGGUGCACGGGCGGAUCAGCAAACUGGAGUUACAGAUGAACGAGGAUAUGAAGGAAAUGAAAGCAGAGGUUAAUGCCGGGUUUACAGCCAUCUACGAAAGCAUAGGAUCCCUCAGGCAAGUGCUGGAGGCCAAGAUGAAGCUGGACAGGGACCAGCUACAGAAGCAGAUCCAGCAGAUGCAGAAGCCAGAAACUUCCAUGUGAAGAGGGCCGGGACAAGGACAUGACAGGAGAUGGCCUGUGGGGCUAAGAGCCAGACACCUCUGCAGCUGGACCAUGGCUGCGUUCUGGAUCCCAUCCAGGGUGUGCAUGUGCCAAGAGACGUGUUCUCAUGGGUCUAAACGUUUACCUUUGGUAUUGAAACACCCUUGAUUUAAAAAUCUUAAAUACAAUUUUUACAACUUUAUUUCCCUAGCUAAGUGCAGUUGAGCCCUAUGCCCUCGGAUUUUGAAAGGCUUUUAUGAAUGAAAAGAAUUUAUUUUCAAUGCUUGAUGCUCUAGCCAAGACGACUAUUUUGAAAAGAGAAGCUGCCAUGGUGAUUUUUUUAAAUUAAGAAAUGAAUGAAUUGUUCCGGGUAUGUACUGCUCCUCACUCUAUUUGAAGAGAAUGUCCUAGUAGAUCAGAGUUCAGCUUUCAGUCCACAUCUGGAUUGUAUUACUGUUGUCUAUGCGUUUUUUUUAAACGUUAUUUUCUUGUAAACCACCUGUCUUUUGUAGAGAGAAGAGAUUUAACACUGGGGAAAAAAAACCUUGCCAUUUAUAUAAUGAGAAUAGUUUUUUAAAAUUGAUAACUGCCAUAUAGAUUACAAAUUAAGUGGAAACUUACUACAUUUAUCUAGAUCCCACGAGGCACAAUAUUUAUAUCCUCCUAGAGGUACCAGAUUUUAAUAUUUAAAGCUAUUUUUGGAACCAUUUACAGCCGGUGUAGCCAAUAGCCAUAUAUUUACUAAUGAGAUGGUGGCUAAGCAGUCUGUUUUUCGCACAGUUAAUUGUUCAUCAGUUGCAAUGAAUGUGAGAAUUUUUCAGACUUUACAAUUUACCUUAAUGUUCCCCAAAUAGACACUAAGUGCUAGGGUUUAUAGACAUUUGUUGUAACUGUAUAUUUGUGCCUUGGUUUUUAUCACAUCACUGUACUGUCCCUUGUUUUAAAAAAAAUUACCAACAAAACAGAAAGUGUGGUAAACACAUCAGGGUUGUGAUGUAAGACUGGGAUCCUAUGUACUUUUUAAUCGUCCUAACAAUUUUAUCUCUGUCUUGACGGGCUGCAUUUGGCCUCAUUCAUGGAGUAACUACACACACGUUUGUAUGGAUAGAGUCAAACGGAUGUGCCAUUUAUCAUACCAUGAUGUGAUGCUACCGUAUCAUACCAGACGCGUCCCGGCACCUUGUAGAUGUUUUAUUUUCAGUCCCCAUGUUUGAGUUGUUGAAGACUUGAGCCCAUGCUGUUUGCUCGCCUGUGAGUGUGUCAUAGCUGACAGAAGACACUUGUGUUAAAGUGUGAGGGCACCCUAAGAGAGAGAGAGAGAGAGAGAGAGAGAGAGAGAGAGCGAGCAGGAGCAUUUAAAAGUUCCCAGAACAAUACCUUGUCUUUUCCUCUUCUCUCUCGUUUGCAAGGACUCAGGAAAAUAAAACUCAUUUUCUUUUUAUAGAAUAAAUCACAAUGAGAUUCUAACUGGCUCUUACUGUUGACCCUUGUAAGGUAUGCUGCUAACGUUCCUAAUAUUUCAUUCACUCUUGGUAGCUUGACAGCUUUUAUUUUCAUUUGAACUCAUGAGAGGUUAUGUGAUGAAUACGUAUCCAUGAAUUUCUUCAUUUUCCCGCAAAUCUUUUCAUCUCUAGAUAGGAAGAUCUUUCCACCUAGGAGAAGUCACUGGUGUUCAGAAAGCGGUCCCCCCACCACUCUUGUGCUAGACUAGCCAUGUUUCUUGGAGUGAUUAAGCACAAGCCUCGGGACAGGGCCAUGCCCCCUCCCUGUCUCUCUCCUCUUGGGGCUCUAAGGGAGAAGGAUGAGCACAGAUGACACUUGGGAAGAGGGGGACCAGCGGACAGCAGCCGACUCUGGCCUAGCAGGUGGUGUCAGCAGGUGAUACAGCUGCUGGUGGAAUUGCCUAGGUGCUCAAGAUGUUGCCUAGUCCCUGCCAAGGAACUGGGGCAGGGCCUCUCCACCCUGGCUGCUGGGGGUCAUUCGGGGAGUUUAAGGAGCUACUGAUGCUGAACGACCUCCAGACCGAUUACAUCAGAGCAUCUGAGAGGCAGUCACCAGCAUCAGUACAUGUCUCACCCCUAGCUCCACCCCCACCCCCAGUGUUUCCGCGCGCAGCUGGGAGGCUAGCCAUCCAGCGAAGACAAUGGAGUACUCUUCUCGCCAAAGUUUAAAGGAGACUCAGCUAUCCUGUCUUUUCCUUUA